UAAUAAAAAUAACAUAAUUUUUCUUCUUGGGAAUGUUCUUGUGGACUUUCUGCAAGAGUUUUUUGUCAGAUUCUCAGGGGAAAAUAAUUAAUAGUAGAGGGAAACAAAAAAACAGAGACAAACUCUAAUGGAACCGAUUAUGUGAUCAUCACUAUCGAUUCUUUUGAUCGGAAAAAAGGAGUGUUCAAAAAGGAGUUUUCUCUGUUCAAUUUUUGAUUGUGCAUUGUAACUUCUGUGAGUUUUUUUUUUUUUUUGGGUUUUGUUGAGGUGUUUCUGGGAGAUUCUAGUUCUUCAUUCUCCAGAAAAUCUCCGGGAAUUGGGAACAGAAACAUCGAUUUUUAUAUAUCUUCUGUGUCUGCUCAACGGGAAAAUCCAGCUUCCUCUUGAGUUUCUUAAUCGUUUGAGAUUACGUUUGUUUCCAGAAUCUGUUGAAGCUUUAAAGUAGAAAUUGGUUUUCAGAUCGAGAAAAUUGGGUUUUGAAAUCGUUUUUCUCGCGCUUUAAAAUGACACCAUCGGCUUCGUUGGAUAGCUGGAGGGACUAUUUCCGGCGAGGAGAUUCUGACAUUUUUGGGAUCAUCGACCACGCCAUCAUGGUGGCUGCUGCGGAUAACCCGAAGGAUUUCAAAUCCAGGAGAGACAGAAUCGCCGAGCUUCUCUUCUCUUGUAAAGUGAGCCACUGCAUCGGAUGCGACCACCUCGAGCUGUCCGUAGCCGGAGAAGAAGAGGCCAACCAUUGCCGUAACACGGUGAGGGCAGUUGGAGCUGAUGGCGGUAGCAGCGGCGGCGAUAAGGAUGCUUCUGGGGAUGCUGCGGAUGGUGGUGAAGAUGAGACGAAACUGAACAAUAAUCAGAUCGUUAGCCAUUGCAGUUACGGAGAAGCUGAAGCCUUGAGCGAUGAACAAGAGGCUUCUGUGAUUGUUGAUGAGGUCAUGAGGAUCAAAGAUGUCUUGUUGAAGAAAGAAGACGAGUCAACCUCUGUGUUACUCGAAUCCCUGAGAAAGCUGGAGUCGAUGGCUAUGAGUGUGCCCAUUCUUAAGGAUACUGAAAUCGGAAAGGCUGUUAAUGGCUUGAGGAAACAUAGCUCCGAUAAGAUUACCAAACUUGCAAAGACUCUAUACGCAGAGUGGAAGGAGCUGGUGGAACAAUGGAUGAACAUCUCGAAGGAAACUGCUGAUGCAGGUGAUGAAGGGACGCCAGACUCUGCAAACUUUUCAGUAGUUGAUGAAACGUUUCCUUCUCCUCCGCAUGAUUUAGAUUUCUUUGUUCAUGAACCUACUGGAUUUGAACUCUCUCAGAUCUUAGAUUGCUUGGACUGCGAUGGAAAUCUUCUUGACAGUGUGGAGUCCAAACAUGAAAGCAACUUGCAAAGUAGCGUGAAUAGGAGACCCGAGCGUAGCAAUGAAGACAAUGUGGUUGGGAGGUACAACAAGGAUCAACAAAUGAUGAGAGAAGAAGUUGAUGUUAGAGCAAUGAAGCAGUCAGCCACCGUUUUUGAUGAGCCUAGAAGACAACCAAAGCAAAGCAGAGAACAGACGGUACUUGCGAUUCAAAGGAAACGGACUGUUGACACUGAGCAAAGCAGAGAACAGACGGUACUUGCGAUUCAAAGGAAACGGACUGUUGACACUGAGCAAAAGCCAAAACUUGCUGGAUCCCAACAAGAUAAACUCAAAGCUCUGGACCCAGACGCAAGGUUUGAGUUUGCACAGCGGAGACUCCAAGAGAGCUACCAGCAACAUGAGAACGCCAAGAGACAGAGGACGAUACAAGUGCUGGAAACGAUCCCAAAGAAAAUCAAAUCCCAGAAACCGCAGUUCAAGAAACCCGCGCGAAGAUAGUUCCAUUUUUUCUACCGAUGAUAAAUUUUUUUUUUACACAGAGAGACUAUGAAAAAGUUACAGGCUUAUUUUAGAAAACAAAUGUGCAUUGACAGUAGUGACAAAUCUUCUGUUGCCUUUUUCUUUUGGCCUAAUUGUUUUAGUUGUACUUCCGGUACAGUGAAUAUUUGGUUCAGUCCGGUUUUGUGACAAUGGAUCCUCAUACAGUAAUUUGUAAAGGGGCAAAAGAACUAAAGGGUUUUUAAGUAUUUGACCAUACAGCCCUAACUUGUGCGGCACGAAAUCACAUGACUGAUCAUUGAGACGAGUUGCCUCCUUUAGCCUCAGGAAAACCUCGAUUAAUUAGUUAUUUUCAAGGCCAAAGUUUAUAUGCGCCUCCCUCAUCCUCGUAAUUCUUAUUACUCCCAAGUUUCUUAAGCAACUCUAAAUCUGGAGCCUUGACUGACAAGCAACUCUUUGUGGGAGUAGUGAUUUGGUAA